AUGACUAUAAGAGAGAUAAUAAGGGGUUGUACAAGUUUUACAAAUGGUAAUGCAUUGAGGUAUAAAUAUUUUCACACUUCCGUCCAUAGACUUCAUGAGAAUCCAUUAGGAUUACCUAAAGUAAAGAAGGAGGGUAAAGCACCAGAUAUUCCCAGGAUGUCUAAGGGAUUGCCAAUAAAACAAAAAAUACCAGGAGUGAAUAAAAUAUUAUUGGUUUCGUCGGCAAAGGGCGGUGUAGGUAAAUCGACUGUGUCUAUAAAUAUCGCAUUAGCAUUGCAAGGUUUGGGCAAGAAGGUUGGUGUUCUAGAUACGGAUGUGUUUGGACCAUCUAUACCUAGGCUAUUAAAUUUAUCAGGAGAGCCUCGUAUAUCAGAAGACGGGAAAUUAAUACCAUUGACGAAUUAUGGAGUAGAAUCCAUGUCAAUGGGAUACCUAAUAAAACCAGAAAAUGCAGUUGUAUGGAGAGGCUUAAUGGUUAUGAAAGCUUUACAGCAGUUAUUAUUUGAGGUAAAAUGGACCAAUUUAGACUAUUUAGUUGUUGACAUGCCACCAGGAACUGGUGAUACGCAGUUGACAAUUAGUCAACAAUUAAAAGUUGAUGGCUCUAUUAUUGUCACUACACCACAAGAUAUUGCAUUGAUCGAUGCCGUGAAAGGUAUUGCAAUGUUCAAUAAGGUUAAUAUCCCAAUAUUAGGUUUGGUUCAAAAUAUGAGCUAUUUUCUUUGUCCCAACUGCAAUCACGAAUCACACAUAUUUGGAACCGACGGUGCUCGAAGAGAAGCCGAAAAUCAUCAUUUGGAUGUAUUGGGUUCUAUACCUUUAAAUGAAGAAAUAUGCACCCAAUCUGACAAAGGAAAGCCUGUGAUCGUAUCGAACCCCGGCUCGAAAAUUUCACAGCCUUAUAUCGACAUCGCUCAGAAAGUUAUUACUAAAUUAGGAUAA